CCACCAUAUUGGACAGCACAUAGUGGAAUAGCUUCAUCAUCACAGACAUUUCUGCUGCACAGCACUGUUCUAGAAAAGCAGUUCUCUUUGGUCUGAGGCCCCUUUUACAAAGAGCUUUUGCUUAUAUGGGUUACACCCACUGACAUUUACUGUAGUAUAAAUGAGAACUGAGAGUUUUAAACAUUGAUUUAAUUAAUUCAUUUAAAAAUAACAUAAUCAUUGUAUGUUAACAUAUUUUAUUAAAAACAAUUAUAUUUUCCAAAACAAAAAAAAAUUAGUGAAAAGGGUGGCAUUGGUCUUCAUUUUUGCAAAUCUUACUUACUGUCUGGCUUAAUAGAGAGGGAGCUGUUUUCUCCUAUCUACUUCUGUAAUCAUUCUGUUGGGAUAUCAUACAUCAUGUCAUUUCUGGAAAUACCACACUGUACACUUAUGAAAGAAUGAGAGUUUAAAAGACAUGUACAGUAAUGUCUUUGUAGUAUUGUGAAAAUACUUUUGAACUUGUGGGCCCCCAGGGUCUCCAGACCACACGUUGAGAACUACUGCUCUAGAACUAAGGAGCCCUGGUAACACAGUAGUUAAAGUGUUCAGUUGCUAACAGAAAGGUUGGCAGUUCAAAUCCACCAGCUGCUAUGUGGGAGAAAGGUAUGGCAGUCUGCUUCCAGAAAGAUUUACAGCCUUGGAAACCCUAUGGGGCAGUUCUGUUCUGUCCUAUAGGGUUGCUGUGAGUCGGGAUUGAAUCAGCAGUAGUGGGUUUGGUUUGGGGUUGUUUUUGGGCUCUAGAACAACAUCUACUUGGCAUGAAGGACCCUGAGAGAGUGAUUUGCCUAAAGUCACACCACCAGUAAGUUGCACAGUGGGACUUGAUUCUUAAGCCUUCUGCCUUCUGGACUAUUGCUUUUUCCAGUACCUGUGCUGGGCUAGGAUGGGCCAGGCUGGGCUUUUAGGAGUGAGACCUAGGCUGCUUGACUGCAGAGCCCCUGGUGUGUUGGCCCUAUAAAUAAACCCAUUGUGUGGUAGCCCCUUCCCUCUCCCCACCCUCAACAGCUGCUAUUUUUGUUAUGGGUUAUGCCUUGGAGAGAGGGAACAUGAAGGAGCUGGGGGAGGGGAGAUAAGAGAUGUUGAAAUCUGGAAGCCUUUUGGGUUCACUCCACGACCCCCCAGCCUGGAAGGUCAGGAGACUGAUCCUAGUGUUGAUUUGAAAGAACCCACACUAUGGUUAAGUAGAGGCCCUUGGCUUGCCUGUGGAGAGGAAGUUGGAGGGGUGAUACAGGGGAUCCCUUCCCUAAGGACAAAUGUCUCUCAGAAGGGCUAUUGUGUCUCUGGUGCCAGUUGUCAGGAGAAGGGAAGGAAACUCUUGUCUGCUGCUCUUUCCCUGAGGGUGGGGGAGACCUCUUGGAAUUCUUAGGACUAAAAGAUGCUUUGGGCCAGGGAUUGAGGUGCCCACUUUCAGGCCAAGGUUACCCUUGGGAGCCAGACCUCAGUCCUUGUACCCCACCCCACAUCCCGUGGCAGUCCAGGACUGAUCUUGGCUGAAAGGGAGUGUUUGCCGUGGGUCCAGAAGUUGCUGUUUACAAGUGGAGUCUGUUUUGGGUGUGAUGGGCUGAGACUGGUAAAAGAGAUUCCAGAAGGCAGCUGGGGGAGGCUAGGGGAGGGGGAAACUGUUAGUGUUAUGGAUGAUUCUGUUACUAAAGUGAGAUUCUCAUUUCUGCCUUCCCACAGCUGCCCACCCCUCCCCCCUCAUGGUUCCUGGCUUCUCUCCCUAGAGGACUCUGGGGGGAACAGCUGGUGAGUGAGGGGCUCAUCAGGAGCCAGAAAGCCUUGCCAAAGUGGCGAGGGCGGGGGUUGGGAGACAGGCUUGCUGCCACCUCUCUGGCCCUGUCUGCUGUCUGUCCCCACAGCCCUCACCCCUUCCUCCCAGGCCUUGACUCUGAGUUCAGGGAAGGGCCUUGCCUGUGCCCUGGCUGGAGAGGGAGUGGGACCCACAGGCCCUGCUCCCAUGCGGUCUGACUGAAAUCCAGGACAGUCAAAUCUCUUGUGAGAUCCCUGUCUUCUCCUGGUUUUGAAGGAGAAGGGAGUGCUAAUACCCCAAGUGGCUGACUAGGCUGAGGAGAUAGUGGUCUUUCAGAUUUCAGCAAUUGGGUUCAAUCACCCACAUCCCCAGGUUACCCAGAGACUCGUAAGUGGCAGUUUCCCCCUUCCGCGUGUCCUGGAUACUCACCAACUGCCCCCCAUCCCCUCAACUGAAGGCUGGGCCAAAGAGGGCUCUGCUCUUCCUCCCUUCCUCCCUCAUCCCUCCCCUCGCACUGAGGUCACCUCCCUCUGAAUCAGGCCUUUGUCAGGGGAGGGGCCGCCCAUUGGCAGUUCUGGCGGGAGAAGCCUCCAGUUCAAGUUAGAGCUCCCACCCCUGUAGCUCCAUCCCUCUCCAGUCUGGAGUGCAUCAUGUGUUUUAGACCCAAAAUUUGGGCUGUGUCGUGGGACCACCGGAGGAAUGUUUGAAACCAGGGUCAUCCCGAAAAACCCAAGCCUGGGUUUUCCUGGGGGCCCCAGGUCGUCAGAGCACAGAGGCUGUGAGUAGAAGGAGUUAUGGGGCCUGAGGGAGGAGAAGGAGGGCACCUGUCCCUUGGGGAGGGGAACCCCACUGACCCCCAGCAGAGAGUGAUACUGGGGUGCUGACUCGGUUAUUUUCAUAAGAUUGAGGCAGAAAACCCAGACUCAGACGGCCCAAAUUCCUGAUUAGGCUCAGAUUGGGAAGUGGAAGUGGUAGUAUCUCUCCAGAUCUUGAUUCCCUAGAGGAGGGUAAAGAAGCAGGAAGUUUUCUUUUUACCAUAAAAACCUUGAACCAAACUCUGGUCCGGCUCAGAGCCAUGUGCUCCUCCCUACUGCCAAGUUUAAAUGCAGGCCUCUUCCCUGUGACUUCUCCAUAAUCUGGGCAGACUGCUGCCUUCCCUCUGCUGUGAUAGCCCUGGAGAUACAGAGAAGGCCCCCUCUGUCCUGGGUGGGCCCACACCUCCUGGCUGUGAGGGCAAAAAGCUGUUCCCACAAAGUGGGUCUGAGUCACACAGCCUUCCUUCAGCCAACAUUUCCUGCGCCUGCUAGGCCUAGCCAGAGUAUACAAGACACGUGUGAAAGCACUGUUGCCCUUGGGCUUAAGCCCAAGGUGUCCCCCAAUUUGCAAGGGGACUUGGGCCCCCCGCCCUAGGAUCCACAGAGGCUCAGAUCUAGGCCCCAGGUCUGCUGAGCACAGAGGUUGUGAGUAGGAGUUGUGGGUCCUAAGGGAAGAGGAGGGCACCUGGCCCCUGGGGAGGGGGGCCCCAAUGACCCCAGCAGGGAGAGACACUGGGGAGCUGACCUGGGUUUCCCCAUGAAAUUGAGGCAGAAAACCCUGACUCAGGAGACCCAAAUUCCUAAUUAGCCUCAGAGUAGAGGUUGGCUUUAUGGAGGGUGUUGGGUCUUUACCCUCCUCAGCACAGCCAGUCCUUCAUAAUCUGGGCCUUGCUCCUAACCUGAAUUUUUUUUUUUAAGGAAAAGCUUUUCUCCUAAACCACUCCUGCCUUUUGUUUGAUUUUUGUUUUUGUGUGAAAAACACAAAAACUUGGGCUUUCUGAAACUAGCUUUAUUUUUAUCCUUUUCUGGUCCUUUGAUGCUGCCCUACUCAACCCAUUCCUUUCCUUCACUUUUUCUUGCCCUCCCCAGUCUUGCCCCUCCACCCUACCCUAAACCCUCUCUUCCCAGACCAUUUCAAUCAGAGAAAUCAAUGGUGAGGCGAUUGAGGGAAAAGCUGGUGAUAAAUGGCUGGGGACCAUGCAAGCUGGGGCCUCAUGGAGCAGUGGAUGUUUGCUGGCUGGGGUGAGGGAAUGAUGAUCUGGAGACUGGAGUUAUAGGGCGAGGUGACCAUUCUGGCUGCAAGAGCGAGUGUACCCGCCUGGUGAGGAGACAGAGAGCCUGCCCGGGCUUCUCUCACUUGCUCUGGGACCUGAUGUCGGAGACCAUGGACCAGCCAGCCAGGGGACCUGGAAACCCAAGGCUAGGAGAGGGCGGAGAGGGCGGCAUGGAGCCAGGCACCUGUGAAGAGCUUCUGCAACGACUGCGGGAGCUAGAGGCAGAGAACUCCGCACUUGCCCAGGCCAAUGAGAAUCAGCGGGAGACUUAUGAGCGCUGUCUAGAUGAGGUUGCCAACCAUGUGGUGCAGGCACUGCUGAACCAGAAGGACCUGAGGGAGGAAUGCAUCAAGCUGAAGAAGAGAGUGUUUGACCUGGAGCGGCAGAACCAGAUGCUGAGUGCCCUGUUUCAGCAGAAACUCCAGCUAACAACAGGCUCCCUUCCUCAGAUCCCGCUCACCCCACUCCAGCCGCCGUUGGAGCCACCAGCCUCCCUCUCCUUGAGCUCCACUAAGGGACCAGCCACCUCACUGCCUGUGGGGCGCUGUGCUGGGCAGAGAGAGGUUUGUUGGGAGCAGCAGCUGCAGCCAGGAGGCCUAGGACCCCCAGCUACCCCACCUCCGGCGCUGGAUGCCCUAUCCCCAUUCCUUAGGAAGAAAGCCCAGAUCCUGGAGGUGCUGAGAGCCCUGGAAGAGACUGACCCCGUACUUCUGUGCUCACCUGCCACCCCUUGGCAGCCUCCAGGCGAGGGGCCUGGCUCCCCAGAGCCGAUCAACGGCGAGCUAUGUGGCCCACCCCAGCCUGAACCCUCGCCCUGGGCCCCUUACCUGCUGCUAGGCCCUGGCAGCCUGGGAGGCCUGCUGCACUGGGAGCGCCUCCUGGGGGGCCCGGGAGAGGAAGAGGGUACUGGCCGGCCCUGGGGCCCUAGUAGGGGGUCUCCUCAGGCCCGGGGCACCAGCUCUGGCCCACACUGUGCCCCAGGCAGUAGCUCCUCCUCCUCUUCUGAUGAGGCAGGUGAUCCCAAUGAGGCACCCAGCCCUGACACCCUGCUCGGUGCCCUGGCCCGCAAACAAUUGAACCUGGGCCAACUCCUCGAGGACACAGAGUCUUACCUACAGGCCUUCCUGGCGGGGGCUGCAGGCCCACUCAACGGGGACCACCCAGGUCCCAGGCAGCCAUCCUCCCCAGACCAGGGGCCCCCACAGCUGUCCAAGUCCAAAGGCCUCCCCAAGUCAGCUUGGGGUGGGGAUACCCCAGAGGCCCACAGGCCAGGCUUUGGUGCUACCUCAGAGGGCCAGGGACCCCUCCCCUUCCUCAGCAUGUUCAUGGGUGCGGGGGAUGCCCCCCUGGGCUCACGGCCUGGCCACCCCCAUUCCUUAUCUCAGGUGAAAAGCAAGCUCCAAAUUGGCCCCCCUUCUCCUGGAGAAGCCCAGGGACCCCUUCUGCCCUCUCCAGCCAGAGGUCUCAAGUUCCUAAAGAUGCCUCCAGCCUCGGAGAAAGUCCCCAGCCCAGGAGGCCCCCAGCUCAGCCCCCAGCUCCCCCGGAACUCACGAAUCCCCUGUCGGAACGGUGGCUCAGAUGGGAGCCCCUCCCCGUUGCUGGCCCGCCGGGGUCUUGGGGGAGGAGAGCUGUCCCCUGAGGGGGCACAAGGCCUGCCCACCAGCCCUUCACCCUGCUCUUCAACCCCAGACUCUGCACAACUCAGACCCCCGCAGCCAGCCUUGUCCACCACACUGUCCCCAGGGCCAGUGAUGUCUCCCUGCUAUGAGAACAUCCUGGACCUUUCCCGCGGCACCUUCAGGGGGCCUUCCCCAGAGCCCCCUCUAUCCCCACUGCAGGUGCCCACCUACCCACAACUGACUCUGGAGGUGCCACAGGCCCCGGAGGUCCUCAGAAGCCCCGGCAUCCCUCCCAGCCCUUGCCUCCCAGAAUCCUGCCCCUAUGGGAGCCCCCAGGAGAAGAGUUUGGACAAGGCAGGCUCAGAGUCCCCCCAUCCUGGCUGCAGGACCCCAGGCAACUCAUCCAAGAAAUCUGGCCAGGGGGCAGGGCGGCGACCUGGGGAUCCUGGCUACACACCCCUGCGGGACAGACUGGCAGCCCUGGGGAAACUGAAGACAGGCCCCGAGGGGCUUCUGGGCACAGAGAGGAAUGGGGUGCCAGCCAGGCCUGGCACUGAGAAGGUUCGGGGACCAGGGAGGUCAGGGGAGAGCCCUGGAGACAUGAUGCCUCCCACCUCCAGGCCCCCUGAGCAGCCAGAAACUAAGGGAGCACUGCGGGGGGCAGUGGCCUUAGGCACAAGCAGCCUGAAGCAGCAGGAACCCGGGCUCCUGGGGGAUCCUGGGGCUCGAGUCUAUUCCUCCCACUCAAUGGGGGCCCGGGUAGACCUGGAGCCCAUCUCACCAAGGAGCUGCCUCACCAAAGUAGAGCUGGCUAAGAGCCGGCUGGCAGGAGCUCUGUGUCCCCAGGUACCCCGUACCCCUGCCAAAGUGCCAACCUCAGCCCCCAACCUGGGCAAGCCCAAUAAGAGCCCCCAUGGCAGCCCUACGAAGCUGCCUUCCAAAUCACCCACCAAGGUGGUGCCCCGGCCUGGAGCCCCCUCAGCUAAUAAGGAGUCCCCCAAGCCUGACAAGGGAAAGGGCCCACCAUGGGCAGACUGUGGUAGCACCACAGCACAGCCUACACCCCCAGCAGCUGGCCCCAUUGACCCAAACCAAGGCCCUGAGGGGCCAGCCCCACACUCCGCCAUCGAGGAGAAAGUGAUGAAGGGCAUUGAGGAGAAUGUGCUGCGGCUCCAGGGCCAGGAGCGGGCGCUGGGCACUGAGGCCAAGCACCGAAACACCAGCAGCAUCGCCAGCUGGUUUGGUCUUAAGAAGAGCAAGCUGCCAGCACUGAACCGUCGCACAGAGGCCACCAAGAGCAAGGAAGGGGCCAGUGGGGGCUCCCCGCUCCGGAAGGAGGUCAAGAUGGAAGCCCGGAAGCUGGAGGCCGAGAGCCUCAACAUCUCCAAACUGAUGGCUAAGGCAGAAGACUUGCGGCGUGCCCUGGAGGAGGAGAAGGCCUACCUGAGCAGCAGGGCCCGGCCACGGCUCCGGGGACCAGCCCCAGGGCCACAGAUGCAGGGCCAGCUGGCUGGCAUGUACCAAGGUGCAGACACCUUCAUGCAGCAGCUGCUCAACAGGGUGGAUGGCAAGGAGCUGCCACCCAAAAGCUGGCGGGAGCCCAAGCCUGAGUUUGGGGAUUUCCAGCCAGUGUCCUCAGACCCCAAGAACCCCUGGCCAGCUUGUGGGCCCCGAAAUGGACUGGUAGGCCCUCUUCAGGGCUGUGGAAAACCUCCUGGGAAGCCGAGCAGUGAGCCGGGGAGGCGGGAUGAUAUCCCCUCAGAGGACAGCCUGGCCGAGCCUGUGCCCACCCCACACUUCACAGCCUGUGGCUCCUUGACUCGAACCCUGGACAGUGGCAUUGGGACCUUCCCGCCCCCAGACCAUGGCAGCAGUGGGACUCCCAGCAAGAACCUGCCGAAGACCAAGUCACCACGGCUGGAGCCCCCACCCGGGGCACCCCCAGCUCGACCCCCACCCCUUACCAAAGUCCCCCGCCGUGCCCACACACUGGAGCGUGAGGUGCCAGGAGUAGAGGAGCUGCUGGUGAGUGGGCGGCACCCUAGCAUGCCGGCCUUCCCUGCACUGCUCACCGCGACACCGGGCCACCGGGGCCAUAAGACGUGUCCUGAUGAUCCCUGUGAAGACCCAGGCCCUCCUCCUCCUGUCCAGCUGGCCAAAAACUGGACCUUCCCCAAUGCAAGGGCAGCUGGCAGCUCCUCUGACCCUUUCCUCUGCCCGCCCCGACAACUGGAGGGACUGCCCAGGAUGCCCCUGGCCCUGCCCGUGGACCGGAAGCCAAGCCUGGAGCCCAGCCGCCCAUCCCCUACACCCCCAGGUCCAGCAUUUGGGGGUAGCCGCACCCCCAGUACGUCGGACAUGGGUGAGGACGGUAGAGUGGCCAGCGGGGUUGCCCCAGGGCUUGAGACCUCGGAAUCCCUCAGUGACUCGCUCUAUGACUCACUAUCCUCCUGUGGGAGUCAGGGCUGAGGUCUGUGCCACACAACAGCCCUUGCUUAAGCUGGGAACCACAGCCUGGAUGGGCUUCGCUCAGGCCCUGCCCCCUCAGGGCCAGUGGGGCCCCUCCCUGAAGGGACCAAGGAGGCAGGUGGAUAAGAAGGUGAAAGGGGUCCCUGGCACAACCCACCGCCCACUGCUGCUGUGGAUGAGAUGACCGCUCUCAGCUCAGGGAGAGACCCCACCCCUCGUCCCUUCUUUCAUCCAGAGUAAGGCUCUUCCUUGGAGGGGUUGGGGGCCCAAGGCCACUGCACCUCUGCCCCCAGCUUCCACUCUAGGCUGAGCCAUCUUGUGGUGCUGGGCUUCUUGCCCGCCGGCCAUGCCAUCUCUGCCAAGCCCGGCUGCUCCCCUGCUCGAAGACCCCGCAAGGCCAGGGCAAGGCCCCUGUGCUGGUGGAGUUUGGGGCUGAGGGAGACAAGUUGCCUUCUCUCUCUUACUGCCCUGGUCUUCCCUGCUGUCUGGAUGGUGCUGCCCUCCCCUGCCCCACAUCUCUGGGGUUCGUUUGUCUGUCUUUUUUUUUUUUUUUAAUAUUAAAGCGCCUGACCCAAUCCUCACCCGCAACCUCAAACUGCGGUUAAUUUAUCUGUCGUUAAAAAUGCGGCUGCUCUGUUUCCAGCCUCUGCUUCUGCCGUAUCCCUAAUAAAAUGUGGAGGCCCCUCCCUGCCCCCCGA